UAUACACAUAUAUCUUAAAGUUAAACUACUUGGGCUGGAGAGCGCUCCUCAUAAGAACCAUAAAGUAAUUCUCAGCAAUCUUGAGUUGCCUGUACUUCUUGGUCUAUGGGUGGGGCACCGUGUUACCAUGUUACUAUGUCUAUGGGUGGUGUACUUGUUCAGGUCUUCCUUAGACAGCCAUAUUGUUGAGGUAUCAUGGGUGAAGCUUCUCUGUCAUUUCCAGGGGACAUACUCUCACAGCAUGUUUCCUGGCCCUCUGGUGCCUAAAUCUUUCUGGCCUCUGUUCCACAAAGUUCCCUGAGCAUUAAUUAGAUGCAGGAGUUGUGUUGUAGAUGGAUUCACUGGGGCUGAGCACUCUGCAAUCAGUGCGUUUUGACCAGUUGUGGUCUUCCAGAAUGAUCUCUGUCUUUUACAUAGGACAGUUUCUGCCUGCAGAGCACGAACUAAAAUGUAAGAAUUUAAAAUGCAGGCUAGCGUAUGUUUCCCAGACCUGCUCAGCUGUUCAUCAGUAGUUGGGGGUCUCUGAGAGGAUGCAGACGUGGUGGGAGGUUACUAACAAAUCCCUUUCGGUCUCCUGGUGGCUACAAAGGUUUCAAUAGUUACAGAGGACCCUCUUCAGCUUCCAACGGGAAUUACAGCCAACUGCAGCUGCAAGCUAGAGAAUAUCCUGGAACACCGUACAGUCAAAGGGAUAACUUCCAGCAAUGUUUAGGAACAUCUAGUGGUCUUCAGGCAAAUUCAAGAGCAGGGUGGAGCGACCCCUCUCAGGUGAGCAGCCCAGAGAGAGACAGCAAGACUUUUAACAGUGGAGAUUCUGGGCAAGGAGACUCCCAGAGCAUGACCCCUGUGGAUGUGCCAGCGACAAGCCCAGCAGCUGCCAUCCUUCCAGGACACAUCUAUCCUCUGCCUCAGCAAAUGAGAGGAACAUCCAAUCUGGCUCCUGGAACUUUAGACCAACCUAUUGUCUUUGAUCUUCUCCUGAACAACUUGGGAGAAACCUUUGAUCUUCAGCUUGGUAGAUUCAAUUGCCCAGUGAAUGGCACGUAUGUAUUCAUUUUCCACAUGCUAAAACUGGCUGUGAAUGUACCACUGUAUGUCAACCUCAUGAAGAAUGAGGAGGUCUUAGUGUCAGCCUAUGCCAAUGAUGGUGCUCCAGACCAUGAGAUGGCUAGCAAACAUGCCAUUCUCCAGCUCCUCCAAGGAGACCAGAUACGGUUGCGCUUACACAGGGGAGCAAUUUGUGGAAGCAGCUGGAAAUAUUCUACAUUUUCAGGCUAUCUUCUUUAUCAAGAUUGUCAUUCAGCUCAGAGCAAAAGAAUGAAGUUCUUACUAGUGGAUCUAAGGACAAGUAAUCCUUACCCGGUUGGGGAAAAUAUUUUGUUCCUAGAGGAAGGAGGAGGUCCUUGCUUCUCUGUUUUUCUCUUUAUGUAAAAACUUUGAAGUGGAAUGACAAUUAGCACUGAUCUGGCACUUUAUAAAUUGUGAUAUAGCCUUUCUAGUCACACAGUGAAUGUGUAUUGUUUGCACUUAACCCUCAACUGUGUUAAGGGUCAGCUUCCUGAACUGACUGACUCAACUUCAGACAAGUUACAAUGCCUUGUUGUGCCUCAAUAAAAAACUC